AUGCAACCGACAACCAUGCAUCCCAAACUCUCCGAUACUACCCAGAAUAUUUCAUUUGCAGAAGAAGAUGAUAUGUGCAAUGCUGUAGUCUUUGCAACUGAUGUAGUAGUUACUACUAACAUUGGUAACCAUAAUCAUGGUAGCUCUAAGGUAAAACUUACAAAUAUUGUGGAUUACAACUGGGAAGCAAAAUUUUAUCCCGGCCGCCUAAUUGAUGUGCAUAACAGUGGGAGAUAUUUAGCUUAUUGUAUUAAACCUCCAGUAUCUGUGGAUGGAAUGGUCAGAGUUGUAUACAUGGAACCUGAUAUAAAUGAAAGAUGUCUUAUCAAGGGUAUGAAAGGAGAGGUCCAAGAUUUGGCUUUUGCAUUCAUUCAGAAUCAAGUUCUUCUUGCUUGUAUAGAUGAAUAUGGGAAUAUUUAUGUGCAUGAGUUUGUCUAUGGAGAUGGGAGACUCAGAUCAACACUGAUUGCUGAGAUUCAAGAGGACACAGGCCUGGGGGGUUCUGCUCACUUAGUGGCUUGGUGCCCUUACAUUCCUGAUGAAGAUGACGACUCCAGUGAUGAUGAUGUAGCUAAAAUGCUACUCAGCACGCAUUCUAAUGUUGCUCGCAUAUGGAAUAUACGCGAAGUCAGUGCAAUACCCGGUGGCGUUGUCAAAGGUAGAGAGGCGUUAAAUCGCGGUUUGGGACAGAUAGCAAGUACACACACAGCAGCUCUACGUGCUGCUGCUUUCUCCCCUGAUGGUACAGCACUAGCAACUGCAGGGGCCGAUGGAUAUGUUAUGUUUGCACAGGUAUGCAUAGAUGGAUCAGAUGUACCCCGUUGUCUUCAUAAAUGGCAGCCACAUGAAGGCAAACCUCUCACCUGUCUUUUCUUUCUGGACAACCGUAAAAAUUAUAAUACUGAUGUCCAAUUCUGGAAAUUUGCGGUAACAGGCGCGGAUAAUAACACGAGCAUAAAGAUAUGGACUUGCAAAACCUGGAUGUGCCUUCAGACUAUUACAUUCACCCCUCCCUUGGGCACAGAUCUCCCUUUGAGCCUGAAGGCCCAAUUGGAUGCCAGUGCAAGCUAUUUGCUUCUAAGUGACUUUAAAACUAGAAGUCUGUAUGUGCUCAAUAUGAAGAGGGACGAUGAGGACAGAAUGGCAUAUUGCAAGAGUGUAUCUGAGUUUUUGCUACCAUAUCAGGUGCUCGGGUUCUGUAUUGUAGACGCUGAGGAGCAACAAGUGAAGUGUGAGUCGCGUUGUGACGAUCCCUUCCACAGAAAUGGAUCUGCACUCGAUCACUCCCCUGCUGAUUUCGAUUUACAUGACAACGAGGUGUGCACAGAAAAUGAUGCAGGUUCAAAGCGGACCAAAGUGCGACUUUAUUUAAUGCAACCCAAAGGUUUACAAGAGGCAAAUCUUAUAUAUACACAACAAUCCACUGAAAAACAAUCAGAUGAUUUGGAAAGUUUAACGCUUGAAGAGCCAGUGGAAGAAGACGAAACUCCGUCAAAUAUCCUACAGCAACAAACACAACAACUCAAGAAUCUACUACUUAGGUCACAGAAUCAAACAAACAGUCUUAUAAACCCUCUAGUGGAGUCACCUACUGAUAUGCCGCAGCUCAAUCUUAUGACGCCGGACGCUUUUAGCUCUCCUGGUAAACGUGAUGAUGAAGAGACUGCAGUGACCGUUCAAGACAUUCGGCGACUAUCAAAUGCCGGCUGCGAAGAAGAUGAGGUGGUCAGCUUCAGUUCUGCCAAGCAGGUCUCCGGUGGGUCCUCGCCAAGUCGAGAAGUUCAACAAAUUAUGUCUCAUAACGACUUUUAUAAGGAUGAUGAAGAAGAAUCUCAGUCCCCAGCAGUAGAAGAGGUGACCACAAACGGAACAGACACAAUUUAUCCAACUGAGUUAUAUGUUUCACCUGAGAAACCGCAAGCACCCGCCAAAUUGACCCAUAGCAACAGCGAAACGUCAUGGCCGCAAAUAUCGUUAGCUCAAAUCACGGAAGCAAACCAGCGUAAAGCGUCUAGCGAUAAAUCAAGCAGUCAAUCGCUUUCCGCUCCGCUACCAGCCCCGCUAACCGCUCCACCACAACCUACAGUUGUAACAGUCGUAGAUGAAACAACUAAGAAUAAACUGGAGUCUUUAGAAUCUAAACUUGAUAAGCUAACAGAUCUAGUAACCCAACAAUCGCGUGAAUUACGUGCAAUGCGCAAUGAAAGUCGACCUGCGCGUGAGUUUGUAGAACAGGCGUUACUCGAACACACGCAGAGGACCACAGCUGCCAUAGAUGCAGCUCUUUCUAGCGGUUGGGAGCGCAUAUCUCGUAUGGGUGACUCCGCUUGCAUGACAGCGGCACAAGCAGCGGGAGCUGGAGCGGCUAGAGCGUUGGAACCACUCGCAGCGGCUUUACAACACGAGUUGGCUGUCAAACUCACAGCUACGGACAAACUUCUUUCUGAGAAUAUUAAUAAACUGGUUAAUAGUAAGACCGUAAUGGAACGUCUCAGCGGGUCCAUAGCGUCCUCGUUAUCGGACAUGGUGCGUACGUCGUUCCGCGAUGCGUUGCUAGAAAGCGCUGUUCCCAUGAUGGAGAAAGCGCACUCGCAGAUAUUCCGACAGAUCAACCACGCUUUUCAAAAUGGGACUAAGGAAUUCACAGCGAACACAGAGCAGGCAGCUCGUUUAGCAGCAGAAAGGGGUGGGGCAGCUGCCGCCAAUGCCUUGCGAGCAGCUCUCGAACAACACACGGAGGCUCUUGCUAGAGCCACGCCAGUGCAGCCUCAACUGUUUGCUGCGCAGUUAAAGGAAGUCGCACAUAAUGUACUCGAAAAAGAAAUGUCUUGGUGGCGUGAGCAAGCAAGAAACGUGGCAGUUCAAAUGUCACGUGCUCAAACACCUGCCACGCCCUCUGUGUCUGACAGACAGCUGCAAGUUAGCCAAAUUCAGCAAUUAUUAUUGAAUGGCGAUGCUAAUGGGGCCUUUCAAAUGGCUUUACAAGCAGCAGAUCUGAACUUGGUAGUGGGAACUUGUAAGAGCACGGACCCGGCAAAUAUUUUCGGCCCACCGUGCAAAUUGAAACAGCCCGUCCUCCUUUCUUUAGUACAGCAGCUGGCUGCUGAUAUGGGAAGAGACACGCAUAUCAAACUUAGGUAUAUAGAAGAAGCCUUAAUGAAUCUAGACACAAACAGCCCGGCGACAAUAGAAAACUUACCAAAAGUGAUACCAGGGCUACAGAAGAACAUAGCAAAUUUCCUCAAUGCUAAUCCUAUACAUGCAUUGACGCGACAGUUCAAAGUUCUUUUGAUGGCUGCCGAAUCACUUAAUAAGUUCUGUGCCUGA